UGUAGAAUUCUUUUGCAUGGAGUUUAGAAAAACAAACUGGUAGCUCAAGUGAGAACAUUCAAGCGUAAACAUGUAUGGUCCUCCAGUAGAUCUGUCUUUUAAAGACCUCAACAAUGUCACAGGUGCGAUGUUGGAGGUCCCACGUACUGGCCUGCGACCUUUAAGGACCAAUUCGAAGAAUAAGUACUUGAGUCACUCUUUGCGUAUUAGCAACAACAACAUCACAAACCUUGUUGGCCUUGAAUUCGUGUUGAGCCACUUUCUAGCCCAGCCAUCAAUGCUCGGUUGGCUGGACCUGUCCUUCAACAAAAUAACAAGCAUCGAUUAUGUCCUAUGUGAGCUAAAAGAACUGCGUAUUUUGUAUCUUCAUGGCAACGACAUCUGGAACCUGUUUGAAGUUAACAAACUGGGAAAGCUGAGCCAUCUCCACACCAUCACACUGCAUGGAAAUGUCAUUGAAAAUACCAAGGGAUACAGGAGUCAUGUUAUUUGGGCAUUGCCUCACCUGAAGAGUAUGGACUUCAGCACUGUGAUUCACCAGGAGAAGGUCUUUGCGAAAAUGUGUAAGAAUUUCAAGCAGGUCAAAAAAGAAGAGAAUGGUGUGCCACCAGAUGAAUAAACUAUAAUUCAGCUAGGUAGUUCUGACAUUUUUUUUCCAGAAUAAAUGGUUUUACAAAAUA